GGCCGCGAGCAGAGGGGGGACUCGCAAGAGUUCGCACGCAUAUACCGGCGGCGUACAUUGGCGCACGGCCAACACAGCGAAUUCGUUCGCCAGCUCCGAGGAGGAACGCGUCGUCGCCGACAUAUACAGCGUGUGAGCGCCAACCUAACCGAGGGGAACGCACAUAUAUACUAGAUACAGCCGCUGUUAAUCCUACGGUCGGUGGGCGAGUCGGUUCGUGCGGAAAUGGCCGGGGAAAAGCGCAGCCAGGAUCAGGAUGAGAUCUCGUUUGCGAGGACGGUGCUCGUCGACAUCGAGGGCACCACCACGAGCAUCAGCUUCGUAAAGGAGACUCUGUUUCCCUACGUGCGCCAAAAUUUAAAGGAUUACAUCGAGACAAAAUGGGAGGAUGAGGAAUUCAAGCAAGAUUAUGAAAAGUUGAAGGAACAGGCAAAAAAAGACGAGGAAGAUAAAUUAGAUGGCUUCAUAGCAAUUACUGGUGAUAAGCCUGAAGACGAAAAAGAAUCACUUUUAAAAAAUGUUUUGUGGCAAAUGGAUAAUGAUCGUAAAACAGGUGCAUUAAAGCAGUUGCAAGGACAUAUGUGGCGUGAAGCAUAUAAAGCUGGCACAAUUAAAGGACAUGUUUAUGAAGAUAUUCCUAAAGCGUUUGAAUCCUGGACAAACGACGGCAAAAAAAUAUAUGUCUAUUCAAGUGGUAGUGUUGAAGCGCAAAAACUGCUUUUUGGACAUUCUGUACAUGGUGAUUUGCUUAAGUAUUUUAGUGGUUUCUUUGAUACAGAAGUAGGUGCAAAGCAAGAAAGUGAUAGCUAUAAAAAUAUACUAAGUAAAAUUGAUGAAAAAUCAUCCGAUGUUGUUUUCUUAACUGAUGUUGUAAAAGAAGCCGCAGCUGCUAAGGAAGCAGGUUUAUCAACAGUAAUUGUAGUACGUGAUGGUAAUGCCGCUCUAACCGAUGAAGAAAAAGUUGCAUAUACAACGAUCAAAUCCUUUUUGGAUUUGACAUUUCAAACAUCUACAAAGCGACAAAAGUUAGAAACAACAGAUGAUAAAAUUGAAAAAGACACAGCUGACGUUAGUGAACCAAUGGACACUUCUGAAGAUGUAGAAAUGUCCGAUGUCAGCGAUAAAAAGGUUGAAAAAAACGAGGCAAAAGAAGUAAUUGAAUCGGUAGGAAGUGAGUGCGUAAAGGAUCAACCAAUGGAAGAUGUUUCAAUUUCUUUGGGACAAGAGGAAGAAACAACAACAGUCGAAAAAGAUCUUUCAAAUACUGAACAAAAGACGACAGAAUCCGAUGCUAAAUCCAAGGACACAAAUGAGAAUGUAGGUUCUUCUGAAAGUACAGAAUGCUCUGUGAAAGAUGACGUUGCAACACUACCCAUAAAAGACAGUGAUAAAGUCACUGUGACAGAAAAAACUGAAGAAAGUUUAGAUAAGAUCACGAGUGAAAUUACUCCUGCUACCGAUGAUUCGAUGGAUGUGUCCGCCCAAGAAUCAAAGUCCGAAAGCGCUCCCACGUCUUCCGAGAAAAAAAUUGAAGAUUCUACAGACGUUGCAAAAGAUAUACAGACCGAAAGUGUUGAUAAAACUCAAACAGUUGAAGACGACAAAAAAACUGACGACACUGAACAAAAGUCACAAACUUGUGAUAAAAAUAUAGCAAACAAAUCUGAAGAAUGCUUGAAAAAAGAUGAAAUGAAGGAAGAAUCAAAGAUUACUUCUGAAAGCACAUCUGAAAGCGAGAAUAUUCCAGCAAAGAAUGAACAAGAAGUAACAAAAAUGGAGACGAUUACAGUAGAUGUCACAGAAAAUGGGGAGACUGUAGAGACAACUGCGGAAAAAACUAUGGUAUUGCCAACGGUAAAAGAGACGGAAGCAACAAUUACUACAUCAGAAAGGAAAGAAACAACGAUAUCAACCGAAGCAUCUGUAGAAAAAAAUUCGGAAGUAAUUGCAGAACAAAUUGAAAAAAUUGAUGAAAAGGAAACUCAAGGAAUAGAAACAGAAACGACUGAUGCUGAAAAAAGCGAAAAUGAAAUUACACAUGAGACAAUAAAAGAAGAGGAGACAGUGAAAGAAGAGAAUGUAGUGAACAUGAAGGACAAAAAUACAGUGGAUUCGGAAAAGCAAAAACUCAACGGUACCACACAAAACGGAAAUACAGAUGUGCCAGUGUUGGAUGACAAAUUACACAGUAACGGACUGAAUGAAGGGCCGUCGAAGGAAACGACAAGCGAAGACGCGGCAGCGCAAAACGGUGAGCCCGAGAGUUCGUCAGAAAGUAGUGCGGAAUCUAUAAAAGUUAAAAAAGUCGUCGAUUCCGCCGUAGCCGAUGGUGCUGGCGAACCCGACGUUGUUCCUCCCGUAGUUGUAGCGGCGACGUCUUAACUUUGUUCUUAUACAGUUUAAGGAACCCUUCAUGCAUAACCCCAAUCCAAUAAGUACUUAUUCGCAGGUAUAAACUGAUAUUAAUUGAUCCCACGUAUACUUUAUGUAAAUCGUACUACGUCAAAAACGUAACGCGCUACUUUAAGAUGCAGUUCGUAAAACUACCGUUCGUUUUGGCGGCUAUAACAAGGGAAGGAAAA